AUGAAGCAGUUGAUAAUCUUCGUCGGUCAAUUUUCAUCCCACCACUUUUUUUCGUCGGUUAAUCUUCGUCACAUCCCCACUGCCACGCCUUCGUCCACCGGUUUACGAAAGAAAAAAAAUAGCCCAGCCACCCCGCAGUCCCGCACGACCUUACCUCCUCGAUCCAACCUCGACAUCCAUCUCGCCGCCACCUCCUGCUCCGCCCCGCCGUGCGCCGCCCACCGCCACCGUGCCUGUGCCGCCGUCCUCCCUAUCGACUCCACUGUCCGAAUCCCGCCGCCGCCGCGCCUGCGUCCCUCCCCAAACUUUGCAUCAUCCUCCGCGAUCCAGAUCCAGAUCCCACCCGCCGCCCGCCCCGCCCCAUGGGGGGCUGCCACGCCAAGCCGCGCACCCGCCACGCCGACGGCGCCUCCCGCCGCCACCCGCGCCGCCUCCACCCUCCUCCACGGCGUCCGCCACGCCGGCCUCCAAGAAGCACUGGACGACGUCCCCCUUCUUCCCCUUCUCCAUGCCCAGCCCCAGCCCGGCGCACCACCUCUUCUCCUCCUCCUCGGCGGCCUCCCCCAGGGCCUCCUCCAAGUCCCCCGUCCCGGCGGGCCCCAAGUCCCCCGUGCCCUCCUACCGGCCAGGCGCCUCCUGCGCCUGCCCUUCCCACCGCCCUCGCCCGCCAAGCACAUCUGCCACGCGCUCGCGAGGAAGCACGACCCGCCGCGCCCGGCGAUCCCCGAGGAGGACGGCGACGGCAGGAGGGGCCUCGACAAGGGCUUGGGCAUCAACAAGGGCUUCGCCGCCAAGUACGACCUUGGGGACGAGGUCUGGAGGGGCCACUUCAGCUACACCUGCGCCGCCAGGAUCAGGAAGGGGGCACGCAAGGGGGACGCCGUCGCCGUCAAGGUCAUCCCCAAGGCCAAGGCUUUAGCAGGGCACAAGAACCUGGUUCAGUUUUAUGAUGCAUAUGAGGACAACGAAAAUGUCUACAUAGUCAUGGAGUUGGCACAAUUUUAUAUUCAGCUCAAAGAGGUCCGGCGGUACAGCUUAGGAAAUAAAGUCGAAUCAAUUUGGUGAGGAUAAACUGGAUUGCCUUCUAUUGUGGUGGGUCAAACUAUUGUCUGAAACACCAACAACGACAACAAGCUUUUUUCUUCUUUCUCUUCCUAAUAGAAUGUUGAUUGUAUCUAUAAGAUAUGUUAAUAGAUUCACCAAAGUCUGAUUUGGCACUUAUUUCUUAAGCUCAAUGGAGAGGUCAAAUUGAGCUAUAAGCUGUUUGCUACUGUAUUUCUUUAGUUCCAAUUUAUUGGUUUGAUUUUAAGGUUCUAUAACCAAAUGAUAGUUCAGAUUGAGUACAUGUUGUUACUCCACUUA